AUGCUUCAAGAACUGCCACUAGAGAUUCUUACACAAAUUGCAGAAUUUAUUCCUGUAGGGGACGCAGGUGAAUUUGCAAGGACCUGUCGUAAAUGCUACUUUGCAAUAUUACCGCACAUUUGGCAUCAACUAACGCUCAACAACACUGUCGAAUUGAAUAUGCUGGCAAAGCGUUUGCAAUCCAACAAUUUAUGGGCACAAAGAGCGAUUCGAUUUGUACGAGAUGUAUCGCUAGGCAGUGAUGAUCAAAUCAAUCAGCCGAAAUUCUCAUCCACAUUAGCUGCUUCCAUGUUUGGUAUCGCAAGCACGCCUGACGCACAAGCUGCUGAACAAGCAGAGGAAAGUAAGCGAGUUACUCGUCGUGAGCGUAUUGGCGUCUUUGGUAAAAGGCUGCUUAAUUUGUUUCCUCAUCUAUCCAACCUUGUUUUUGAUUUCACCGAGGCGGCCAGGGAUUUCUAUUCAGGUGGCAGUGGUGCAUCUUCAUCAUCAGCAGCAUCGGCAACCGGGACAUCAGCAACCACAGAAGACACAACGCCAAGGGAGCAAUCAAAAGAGGAUGGCGAUGAAGAAGACGUGGAUGAUAACGCAAGGCUCCCUUUUUCCGGCUCAGUUUCGCUUGUGAAUUACAAAUCUGAUCAUUCAAAAUUCAUGCAUUACCUACUGGCGCCAUUUCGUCGCACACACCAUUUAAAACUCGAGGCAUUACCUGUUGUGUCACUAUGUGAUGACAUUGAUGAGUCUAUUCUGACCAACGCAGACUUACAGAAUCUCGCUACAUUGGGCUUGACGCAUCUAAGGAAACUGGAAUUAUCGUAUCUGGAUUCGGAUAUUCGCCUGGAGACAAUGAAGAAUUUGCUUGAAAGCAUGCCUCAUCUGAAUGAAUUGGAUUUGGAGUGGAUCUUUCCGCCCAGUAAAGAUGAUUUUAUAAGGUUGUGCCAGGUAGUCCAGGAGUACGCUCAUUUGUAUCCGACGCAAACAAACAAGAAGGCCAGCGUUUACAAGGUUCAUUUUGCUUGCAAGGAAGACGAAAAUGAGUAG